GUCAAAAUAAACACGAUAUGUCAGUUAAAAAAAUGAACAAUUUAUUAAUUAUAUCAACUGGAAUCUGUCUGUUCGCACAAACAGUUCCGGUAUUAAUAAAGUCCAUAAUAUCAUGGAUGUAUGCAGAAAGUCCAAGCGAAGCGGCAAUUAAAAAUGAAAUGCAACAAUUAGAGCAAGAAAUGGCAAGCAUAUCGAUGGUCGACGAGUUUGCGAAAUACACCAGAGUUCAACGCCGGCACACAUUAUUAAAAAAAAAUUACGCCGAUGGUAUGACGGCCCGCGUGUCUACAAGAAACAAAAUUCAAAUAUUUUUAAUUUAUUUCGCAAAAUUAUUUAAUGGAAUUGCGGUGGCAGUUUUGCUUUAUUUCUGGAGAAAUGAGCCAGUUAUUGUUUUACCUAAAGGUACACUGUGGCCAAUUAAUAGUAUUUUAAGCUGGCCAGGAAUUUACAAUGAUUCUAUUUCAUUAUUUAUGUGGAUGGGUAUCACCACUUUUGUAAUGUCUAAAUCGCUUGUUUCAUAAAUUAUUAAAAUAAAAUUAGCAGACAUUUGAC